UAAAAAAAUGACAUCUUUUGUUAAAUCUUCCUCUUGUUCCUGUUGAUUCCCGUUAAAAUUUUUUAUAAAAGAAAAACGGUUUUUUUGUCGGAACGUAGUGAUAAUAAUUAGAGUAAGAAUGGAAAAGAAAAAAGAUAAUUUAAUUCCAGGAACAGUGUUAAGCACCAGCAAUGGCCAGUUAAUGGUAUCUUCCGGGGUAGCCUCUUUAGAUCAUCUUUUAGGUGGUCUACCGGUGGGAACAGUGGCUUUAGUGGAGGAGGAUUUAAGGGGGCUUCAUUCAAAAGUAAUAUUGAAAUAUUUCCUGGCUGAAGGAUUGGUCUCGAAACAUUCCUUAUUUGUUGCUAGUCAAGAUGUUAAUCCUACAUAUAUAGUUAGAAACUUACCAGCUGUGAUUGAAAGUGAUCCUGAGAAGAAUGAUGAGGUAGCACAGCAAAUCAAUAGCUGUGAUAAAUUAAAAAUUGCAUUUCGAUAUCAAAAUGUAUCAAAAUCACCGGAAAGUCAAAAAAUGAGCCAUUUUGGCCACCAUUUUGACUUGUCAAAAAGCAUAUCUCUUAGUGAUAUUGAAAAUUCAGAUAUAUUUUAUUGGACAGGACAAAGAAUAGAAGGUGGCUUUAAUACCUUUCUAAAUCCUGCAUACAAUGAUCUACUUAAGUCAAUUAGAAAUAAAAUUAAAGAUGGACAUUUCUUUCUUAAAGAUAAUCCAGAGAAAAAAACAAUACUUCGAAUAGGAAUUCAUUCUCUAGGUUCACCUAUGUGGCUAUCUCCAAAGAAAUCAAUAUAUUCCUUAGAAAGGCAUAGUCAAGAUUUACAUAUGUUUAUAUUUUGUCUUCGGGCAUUAGUACGAUCUGCUCAUGCCGUUGCUAUGAUAACUAUACCGUCUUAUUUGUAUGAUGAGGAUUCAGUCAAUAGAUGCAUUCACUCGAGCGAUAUCGCAAUAAAACUGCAGUCUUUUAGCGGAACAGAAUUAGAGAAAAACCAAAGUCUCCAAGAUUAUCAAGGAUUUUUUUAUUUAACAAAACUUGCAGCAAUAAAUUCAUUAACGUCUAAACAUAUCGGCGCGGAGGAUUACGCUUUUAAAUUGAGAAAGAAGAAGUUCAGCAUUGAAAUGCUACAUUUGCCACCUGAUAUUGGAGAUGAUACAGAAAAGCGAAAAGAUAAAGGGAUCACUUUAGGUUGUGGUGGGGAUAAAAUGCAUCUGUUAGACUUUUAGUGAUAAUUGUACCUCAAAUAUUUUUUUAAUUAUUUAUUGAAUAGUUUAUAUUUUCGAUAUUUGACUAAUAAUGAAUGUUUUAUAUCAGUAUUAAAAACAUAAUUCUUUGACUAAUGGUGAA